UGUGGGGGCAGAUGUUCUAAGAAGGUCACGGGGGUGGGGGGUGGGGGGAGCUGCCCCAGAGGCUGACAGCACUUCCCUGUCCGCAGGAAACUCUGGGCCUAGGAGGUAGGGGUCUCACACCUGCAGAUGGAAGAAUACAGGGCAGUAUGCCCAUUGCACGCCUGUAGCGAACAAACCUCAUUCCAGUUCUCUGUGAAGGCAGCUAAAUUCCCUACCUGCAGGGCCAUUCCUGUUCAUCUGUUCCAUUGCUUAAAAAAUGUGUAUUUUAGUGUUUUUUCUCUGGCCUUCUCACCAUCCUUCCCUGGGCCUCACCUGCUUUUGCUCCUGGAUGGUUUUUUUUUUCCUGGGUAAGUAUUUUAAUGGUGUGGUAAGAAAUAGAGUCGGUUCAGAACUUGGCACUAAGUUCCGAUUUCCUGGUUUCAACACAGGAAUCUCAGCUGAGGGAGGGUCUCGAAGAAAAACCCAAUAUUUAAAUAUAUUUAAGUUGCCUUUUUUUUUUUUAAGAUUUUAUUUAUUUAUUUGACAGAGAGAGCACAAGCAGAGGGAGAAGCAGGCAGAGGCAGAGGGAGAAGUGGGCUCCCCGCAGAGCAAGGAGCCUGAUGUGGGGCUCCAUCCCAGGACCCUGAGAUCAUGACCCAAGCCGAAGGCAGACGCUUAACCGACCGAGCCACCCAGGGUCCCCUAAGUUGCCUUUCUUCAAUACAGGGCACUCCUGACCAAGUCUCCAUGUGUGGCCAUGUCCUUGGCUUUGAGGUUAUCCAUUCAGGCCUCCUGCUGUCCCCGCACUGGGUUGGGAAAGAGAACGCAGAGUAGCCACUUCAAUAGAUGUGUUCUCGCUCCUAGCAAGAGUUAGGGAAUGGCGGUGAGCAGGUGCAGGCUGGUGAGGGCUUCCAUCCCCUGGCGCGCCCGGAGCUUCGCCAGCAGAGAGGGAACUCUGGGUCUGAGGAGAGGGAUUUGGAGGCACAGGACUGUAGGAUCUCCUCCGGGCCCUGGCAUUCUGAUGGCAGACUGUCUCCAUAGCUCUUUCAGGGCUGUCCCUGUUGAUAUGCUAUAGGCAAGGAUGAUUUUAGGGCUAUCCAGAUGCUUCGCCUGCUCCCCAACUUGGCGGCUGGCUUAGCAGCUCUGACAGCCAUGGCUGUCUUGCCUUGUUUGCACGAAUACCUAUGGCAGAAUAGUAGGGUCGCUGGAGAAGCCCUUCCUCUGACAGCCGCUCUUUGACCCCACUAACUUUGAGCAUCCUCACAGUGCACAGCAUGGGUAUCCUGAGUUGUGUUGCCUGCCCUGCUCACCCCUUUGCCACCCAACAGUCCUGCUGGAUGUGCCUAUCCUUUUACAGGGCUGGGAGGCAGUGCUUUUGCCAUCCCGUAUCCUGAAGAUGAGGCUGUGCCGUUGUCUGGGCAAGCUUUAUGGGGAGGGCCAAGGGGCUCUUCCUGCCGUGGGCAGGGUAUUGGGAAGGCCGCCUACUCCACAGCUCCUCUGACCACUAUCCUAGAACCUCUCCCCACUUCACCUCCAAGGCACUGACCUCAGACUGAAGUCUUUCCGCUUACCCUCCAUAACAUCACCCACUAUUGGGCUAUUAUUGAAAGCAUUAAUACUUGGGAGAUAAGGUGCUAGCCUAUAGGGAUUCCUUAUCUCAGCCCCAUUUCUUUUGUGAAGCCCUGGGAAGGCAAACAUCCUUCUCAUCCCACCCUCUGGAGCCUCAGCCAGGUGUCCCCCAGGGCAGGGGAGCAUGUGAGCCGUCCUGGGGCUAGAAGCCGGUUCUCCCACAUUCCAGGGUGAGUGACUGGGUGGAGGGUGUGCCCGCCUCAGGCUCCUUGGGGGAGGCCCCCUGAAGGGCUGGGGAAAAUCCUACCGCCAGAGCCCCAGGCUCUCCUGCCACCCCAGUGGAGGGGGCCCUGGACCCUAAGCCCCUCUCCUAGGGCGCAGCAGUUUCAGGGACAAAGAGAAGAUUCCGGGAGAUGGCCUUCUUAGUCAUCUGGCUCUAGAGAGAAGGGGGCAGCUCUGGAGGGGGCGUCACUGUAUGAGGAGCCAUUUCGCCCACUGAGGCUAAGCUUGGCCAUGAGCCACCCAGGGUUGUGGCAUUAACAAAGGAGGUGCGGAAAGAGACACUCAGAUCCUACAUCUUCAAUACAUAAAAAACUAGAUCUGGAAGAGAUCUUAGGGAUUAUUAAGUCCAAACAACCUUGUUUUUACCCAUGGGGAAACAAACAAUCACGUAGCUGGGGAGUCACCUGAGCACAGGUCUCCUGACUCCUCACCCCCCAUCCUCUGCUGCCAGUGCUCAGGGUCUCCAGUGGGCUCUGCGUUCUUAGAUGGGACCACAGACACAAAGGACUCACCGUGCCCAUGGGGAGGGUGAGGGGCUGGCCGAGCCUCCGAGCCACUGAGCAGAGGACCCUGAAGCCAGGUCGCGCCUGCUAUGGGGAGAGAGCACCAGCCGCACCACGUAACCAGCUCCGUGUGGCCUGGGCAAGUCACAAAACCCCUCUGAGCUAAGAUGCUCUCAGCUUUAAAAUGGAGACAACCCUACAUUCCUUAGUGUUUUUGUGAGUUUUAAGUGGAGACUACGUUACAAGUGCCUGGUAAAUGGUAAAUACUGAGCGUUCCAUUUUCUUCGUGGAAUGCUGGGACCCAGGGAGGCAGGCUUCCGACCACUAGAGGGUAGCAGACAGGUACCGACCGGUCAACUGGGCCGAGGGCGGGGAGACUAGAAGGGAGACCUGACGGCGCGGGAUAAACACGGCCACGCGGAUUCCAGCACCUGCAGGGUCCAAGGGCUCCGGCUGGGGCUGAGGGAGAGCCGGACCUCUCCAGAAGUGACUGCGGCUUGCAGGGGGUCCGGGUGGGCAAAGCGUGUCAAGACUUUACCACCGAAGUAGAUGCCAGCGAGCAGACUACUGGGGACACGGGGGACGCUGGGGCCCUGAGGCUAGGCUGGACGAGCCCAUGAAUAUUGCCUAGUGUCUGGAGAGCCUUCCAGCAGGAAUCCUGGGCAUUGUUGGAAAAUGCCCUCGACCCCACUAUCUGCUCUCCCUACGAGGCCCCCUUGCCCUCACAUCUCUACCCGUUUGGGGACUAGCAGCUCUCCCCAGUCCUACCCUGUUCUCUUCCCCCUGCCAGCCCAUCCCCGGCCUGGCCCCCCUGAGGAAUUUCCUACACCAGUGGGUGGCCGAAAGUACAGAUGCCCACCCCAGCGACUCUCCUGCCACCCGCCCAGGCCAGUGCCCUGUGCCCAACCCCAGAGGGUGCGGGAUGACAGACUCUGACAAUCAUUAAACCAGCCGGGCCUGAUUUCCCAGCACCGCCUGCCAGGAUCCGGGCCAAGUGGCACAAAAUAUGCAAAUCACCUGGGGCCAGAAGCCCAGUCUAAAGGCCAGGAAAUCCCCUCCGUCCAAUGAGCCACCAGCUCAGGUUACCGCCGGGCGCACUAUAAAGCCCUGGGCUCAGGGAGGAGCUCCCACACGCCUCUAUUUAGGGCGGGUGGGGGAGCGCGGGCCAGACGCCUCAGAGCUACCUGGCGCAGCUUUUUGCCUCCUGGAUUUCUCGCCUGCCUACUGUCCCUUAAUCCUGCCUGCCUGCCACACCCACACUCCGCCAGUCAGGUAGGACCCCCCCACCUGUCAUAUUGCCCAGCCUGGGCCCUGGGAAACGGAGAGGGGUCGAGGGGAUGUGUAGUUUCUAUACCCACCCACUGCAGCUGCGCACUGUAGGGCCCCUGAGCAGGAGUGUCGGGCAGUGGGAGCGCCCUGAAGGUCGCAGAGGCACUGUCUCUGGGAGGGACAGAGUGGCCCUAACUCUGCCAGUCCCACCCAAGGGCCCAGGGGGGCUGAGGAGGGGGCCCAUGGGAGGCCUAGUGCCCGCAGCAGGCGCUGAGAUCUUGGAGCCUUCCAUGAGGAGAGGGUGUCCAAAGAGAUAUUGAUCUUCACCGCCCCCUCUUGGGGCUCCUCCUGCCCCAGGCUUGGCUGGAACAGAAGAGCCAGAGGGUAAGGGAAGGACCCUGGCCCUCACCAGCCUUGGCCUCUCUCUCCCCAGGUAGCCUCAUGGCUGCAACCUGCGAGAUUAGCAACGUCUUUAGCAACUACUUCAGUACUAUGUACAGCUCAGAAGAGCCCGCUCUGACUUCCGUCCCCCCUGCUGCCACCUUUGGGGCUGAUGACCUGGUGCUGACCCUGAGUAACCCCCAGAUGCCACUGGAGGGCACAGCUUCCAGCUUUCCUGACGAACUCAGCUGGAUCAUUGAGCUGCUGGAGAAGGACAGCAUGGCCUUCCAGGAGACCCUGGGCCCCUUUGACCAGGAAAGCCCCUUCAACCAAGAGAUGCUGGAGGAGUGCCGGCAGGCCGGCCCCUACUUCCCUAGCAGCUACGGCCCAGGAGCCCCCUCCCCCGGCAGCUCCGAUGUCUCCACCGCAGGAACUGGUACUUCCCAGAGUCCCCACUCCUCAGACUCCGGUGCAAGUGACGUGGACCUGGAUCCCAGUGACAGCAAGCUCUUCUCUAGGGACGGCUUUCCCGACUAUAAGAAGGGGGAUCCUAAGCACGGGAAGCGGAAACGGGGUCGGCCUCGAAAGCUGAGCAAAGAGUCUCGGGAGUGUCUGGAGGGCAAGAAGAGCAAGCAUGCCCCCAGAGGCACCCACCUGUGGGAGUUUAUCCGGGACAUCCUCAUCCACCCGGAACUCAAUGAAGGCCUCAUGAAGUGGGAGAACCGGCAAGAGGGUGUCUUCAAGUUCCUGCGGUCAGAGGCUGUGGCCCAACUUUGGGGCCAAAAGAAGAAGAAUAGCAGCAUGACCUACGAGAAGCUGAGCAGAGCCAUGAGGUACUACUACAAACGGGAGAUCCUGGAGCGGGUGGAUGGCCGGCGGCUGGUCUACAAGUUCGGCAAGAACUCCAGCGGCUGGAAGGAGGAAGAGGUUGCCGGGAGUCGGAACUGAGGGUCCGAACAGGACCCAGGACCAAACGCACGGACUUGAGGCCUGCAGCCCCUCCUGGGAGGACUACCAGGCCCCCACCAUUCGGGCAGGCUGGGGCCAUGCCGUGGAGAGAAGCUGAGGUUCGGGUUCCUUGUUCAGCCGCCAUCCUGGGAUCUGGGGCUUGCGGCCUCUCCUCUCUGCCCUCCUCUUGGAAUUACGAGCCCUGGGGUUUGAGGUGACCGGUCAGCUGACCACAGUUCCCAGCAUCGUUCCUCUUACCUGGUGCCUCCCAGACCCAACACAGACAGCAGCUACAGAUGAUGCCUUCCGCCUCCAGAUGCCUGGACUGAGCCAAGGAGGCCAGGAAAAAGCAGCAGGGGUGCUGCGAGAGAGGGGGCAAGACGGGGUCCUCCUGCCUCCUGCUUUCCGGACCGGCCUCCACCUCAGUGCUUGGACCCCGCAGGCAGGGGUCAGAGCACUCCCUAAUUUAUGUGCUAUAAAUACGUCAGAUGUACAUAGAGAUCUAUUUUUUCUAAGACAUUCCCCUCCCCGCUCCUCUCCCUCCACGUGUUCGUGGUCAGACUGACUGUUCUAGGCCCUUGGCUGGGCCAGUGAGGGGCGGGGAGAUGCCGGGACCCUCAGAUUGGGGCUCCUGGCUCCUUUCUCCUGUGAAUGGAAGCAGAGACCUCCAAUAAAGUGUCUUCUGCGCUUUU